CCGUUCGUCAAGCAUUCUCGUGGAGACACAGUGACACCACGUGUUCAGAUCAGCCGCAUGGCUCAAACCCCAACGAGCUGCCCUCACGGCCGCCCGGACAAGUCUGACUGAAUCACGCACCAACGCAUCCAACGAGACUCGCUCGGUCAGCAGUGAGGGUAGCUGGCAGGGGAAUCCAAUCUACCAGUGGGUCGUAUGUGGGCCGAACGAAUGCACAAAUCUCAUGUACGUAUGCACGUGUUGUCGCAGGACUGCGGCCACUAGGGGAGGAGUAUCGGAUGUCGUCCAGUGGCGCCGGCUAUGGAGCCAUCACGGAUCACUUCCGACACCCAACUCCAAGUGACCGCAUCUACCCGCGUCAAUGAAAAGCUGUCACGAGAAGGCGAGAAACCUCUGUGGGUGUCUGUCUGUCGUCUCAUCAGGACACUCGUCAAAACGCCCUCCUGUCUGUCUGUCUGUCUAUUUACACAAAGUCACCUUAUGGACAAAUGGGAGGACAGACAUACAUGCAUGCAUUGGCGGACACUCUCUUUGGGCCGGUCACGGUGGGCGAUUCACCAACAGCACUUGCGGCAUAAGAGAUCCACGAAUAUGGUCGAGGGCUCGCGUACCGCACGACACAUGACUGAAUCUCCCAUCGUCAACACAGCCAGAGGGUACUGUGCUCAUUCAGUCAGUCGUCAUAUUGCCUCUUGCUCCUCUUCCAUGCCGUCGUUGGCGCCACAGCUCUCGCUGACCGUCGUCAGCCGGCUCGUCAGACCGGUAGACACACUGCUCGACGAAUCCUUGACCCUGAACACACACCCAACACACGCACCAGUCAGUCAAGACAGACCCACCAGCAGUGAGUGCUUUGGCGAGUGUGGUGUGUCCGUGUGCCUCUGUUGCGUGUGUGGGUGUCGUCUCUCUCACAUUGGGGGCGCGGGGAGGAAGAAGUAGCUGGUGCGGUUCGUGUCCACAAACUGGGCGUAGGGCACACAGGUGAGGAUGAAAGCAAACACCAGCGCAACGAACACCCACUCACUCGUCCUGACACACCCACACACACCACCACAAACACAGACAGCCAUGUGAAACAAACCCAGCCGACAUCGCACUCCCAACCCGCUUCACUUACGCGAUGGCGGCGAACCAUUCGUGCAGGUCGUGGUGUCCGCAAAGGUACAGCCCAACCAUCACGGCCAGCCCGGACACGAGCAUCCCCACGGCAAUCACCUUCCUCACACCGCUCCUCAGCGGCACCACACACCCCAUCGGACCGUCAAGGACAAACGCAUACAGCACCGCCUGCGUGGCCUGCGCCCCGAACCACACGAUGGCGAACCAGUCGUGCGUCUCUUUGUAUCGGAGGACGGGCAGCGUGCCGACGCCGCAGAGCGAGACGAAUGCCGCGAUGGAGAGGAGAAGGCUGCACUGGUUGUUGAUGAGGGAGCGGACCACGCAAGAGGUGAGGUAGGGGGAAAUGCUGCGCGUGAGACGGAGGGAGAAGACCAGCCAUAGCAGGCCGCCCAGGGGAAGAAGGGCUGUGGCGAUAUACUGUUCUGGCGGCGCCGUGAAGGCCAUCGAGGGGUGAAACCUGAACAGUCAGCAAACACCUGUGAGCGUGAGCAUGAUGACAGACAGCACUCGCUGCAGCCUCUGCAUGUCGUGGCUUACAGAGGGAAUUUCAUGACGCCUUGGUGGAUGGCAAAGGGAGCGCAGAUCAGAUGAGUGAAGAGCAGGAUGAAGGCAGAUCCAAACACCAGAGUGGUGCAGGCGGGCGGCCGCAGACUGCACGUGUGCAGCGCUGACGACGGGAGGCGCAGGUAGGACGCAGAGGAUGCCUCAGAGGCCGAUGUUGGCUCAUCGGCCUCGGCGCUCAUCUCCACCGCAAGAGCUCCCACCAGAUCUUGCG